AUGGUAAAAAAUUCAUUUAUUUCAAUUAUUUUUCAAGAACAAGAAGAAAACAAAGAAAACAGAGGAUCUGUUGAAUUUCAAGUAGUAAGUUUCACCAAUAAGAUACGUAAACUUACUUCACAUUUGGAAUUGCACAAAAAAGACUAUUUAUCUCAGAGAGGUCUGCGGAAAAUUCUGGGAAAACGUCAACGGUUGCUGGCUUAUUUGUCAAAAAAAAAUAGAGCGCGCUAUAAAGAGUUAAUAGGCCAGUUGAAUAUUCGAGAGAGAAAAACUCGUUAA